CGUUGUUCACUUCACUUGACUUCCCCUUAGCUUCCACCCACAAACUCAUACGUACUCGCUCCGACAGUCCCUCACUGCACACAAGACACAUAGCAGGCAUAGGAUAGGAGCCAGCCAUGAGAGGUAGAAGGACAGGAGAAGACAUAUACACCCACAUAUAGUGAAGGGAACACAGUAGUCACCCAGUCGGUCCUGUGGCAGCUAGCUUGCUACAACAGGCUGCUGGUCUGGUCUCUGUGCGUGGUGCAACCAGUGCAAGUGACAAAUUAACCUUGCCGAGAUCCGUUCAUGAAUUAUAACUUCAGCUCCAACGCUCUCGACGAGGAGGAGGUCGCUGGAAGAGGCGGGGAAGGAGGGAGCUGCGCCGCAGCACCAGCAUGGGCCAGGCCCUGCGACGGGUGCCGGGCGGCGCCCAGCGUGGUGUACUGCCACGCCGACGCGGCGUACCUGUGCGCGUCGUGCGACGUGCGGGUGCACGCCGCCAACCGCGUUGCGUCGCGCCACGAGCGCGUGCGCGUGUGCGAGGCCUGCGAGCGCGCGCCAGCAGUGCUGGCGUGCCGCGCCGACGCCGCCGCGCUCUGCGUCGUCUGCGACGCGCAGGUCCACUCCGCGAACCCGCUGGCCGGGAGGCACCAGCGCGUGCCCGUGCUGCCGCUCCCCGUCGCGGCCAUCCCGGCUGCUUCCGUGCUCGCCGAGGCUGCGGCCACCGCCGUGGCCGUGGGUGACAAGCAGGAAGAGGAGGUGGACUCGUGGCUGCUGCUCACCAACACCAAGGAUCCAGUUUCAGACAACAACAACUGCAACUGCAGCAGCAGCAGCAACAACAACAUCAGCAGCAGCAACACCAGCACCUUCUACGCGGAUGUUGAUGAGUACUUUGAUCUCGUGGGCUACAAUUCCUACUGUGACAACCACAUCAACAGCAACCCAAAGCAGUACGGGAUGCAAGAACGACAGCAACAGCAGCAGCUGCUGCUGCAAAAGGAAUUUGGAGACAAGGAGGGAAGCGAGCACGUUGUGCCUGCUUCACAGGUCGCGAUGGCAAAUGAGCAGCAGCAGAGUGGUUAUGGAGUUAUUGGGGUAGAGCAGGCUGCCUCCAUGACUGCCGCGGUCAGUGCUUACACAGAUUCCAUCACUAACAGCAUAUCUUUCUCAUCAUCAAUGGAGGUGGGUAUAGUCCCAGACAACAUGGCAACGACGACAGACAUGCCAAACUCCGGCAUCCUGCUGACACCUGCUGAGGCCAUCAGCCUCUUCUCGUCAGGUUCUUCGCUUCAGAUGCCACUCCACUUGACCUCCAUGGACAGAGAGGCCAGGGUCCUCAGGUACAAGGAGAAGAAGAAGAGCAGAAAGUUCGCGAAGACCAUACGAUAUGCGACGAGGAAGACAUAUGCAGAAGCAAGGCCGAGGAUCAAGGGCCGCUUCGCCAAGAGAUCUUCUGAUAUGGAAAUCGAAGUGGACCAGAUGUUCUCAUCUGCAGCUCUGUCGUCUGAUGGUAGCUACGGUACGGUUCUAUGGUUCUGAAGGGACUUUCGUGAGACAUUAUUACCAUAUAUAUAUAUAUGUAAUAAUAGAACAUGUGUUGACCAUAUUGAUAAGGUCGAGUGUACAAGUAGUUCUAGGAAGCCGAUGCUAUGAGUGGUAUUGUGUUUGUUUGAAAACUUAAAUGAACAAUUACCUUA